UAUUUUAAAUACAUCUUAAGCUUAUUUAUAACAAAUAUCUUGCAGAAUCUGCAAUGGCAAUGUAAUUUUCAGAGCACAACUAUUAUAAACACUAAGAAACUAUUAUAAACACUCAUGCAUUCAGUUUUCUUCUCUCCUUUCCUCUGACUCACACGCACCCUCUCUCUCAAGCUCACCUCUAGCCCUCUCUCUCUGCACUCUCACACACUCCCUCUCUUUACUCUGAGGUUGUGCGGACCACUUCUGCUGUCUGUAUAUGUUCCUGCUGGAGUAAAGGCGAAAGAAGACCAACAGCAUAAAAGAGUGGACUGAUCAACAUAGCAUUAUGAUGUACAUUUUCAGCUUCCUACUGGUGCUAGUGUGUCUACAGGUUUGCAUCCCCUUUGUUUUUGGUGCACCAACUCAAUGCCCAAGCCAGUGCAACUGCCAUGGGGACCUGCAACAUGUUAUCUGUGACAACGUUGGGCUGAAGAAAAUCCCCCACAUAUCCGAGGCCACUCGUCUUCUAAACCUUCAGCACAACAACCUGGGAAAUCUCCCAACCGGGGGCUUCAGCGAGAUGAAGGGGCUCAUUUCCCUCCACCUGCAGCACUGUCAGAUCCGAGAGAUCUCCAGCCAGGCUUUCAAAGGACUGAAGAAGCUCAUCUACCUCUACUUGUCUAACAAUGAGAUCACAAACAUCAAACCAGGCGCUUUUGAGGACCUGACCGAACUGACCUAUCUCUUCUUGGACGGUAACCAAAUCACGGGCGUUCCGAAAGGCAUCUUUUCUCCCAUGAUCAACCUGUUUAUCCUGCAGCUCAACAACAACAAGCUUCGAGAGCUGCAGCCUGGUACUUUCACAGGUGCUAGUGAUCUCCGAUGGCUUUAUUUGAGUGGCAAUGAGUUGAGCUCCAUACAGCCUGGUUCUUUUGAUGAAGUGGAGAACCUGGCCAUUCUAACUCUGGACCGUAACAAGCUGUCCACCUACCCUCUCGUGGCUAUGAGCAAGCUGCGUGUCGUGGAGGAACUCAACUUGUCCAAAAACCCUCUCAGCCUCAUGCCUGACCAUGCUUUCCGCAGUUUUGGCCGUUAUAUGGAGAAGCUCUAUCUAAAUGACAUGAGCCUGGAGAAGUUCUCCAGUGCUGCCUUUGAGGGAGUGACAGCUCUCAAAACUCUGCACCUUGAGAACAACAAGCUAAAAUCACUGCCGAACAGCCUUGAGUUCAGUACCCUCCAGAACGUCACUCUGUUUAACAACCCCUGGAGCUGCACCUGCCAGUUAGCAAACCUCAGAAAAUGGAUGGACACCAGUCGCCAUCACCCUGAUGCAGUUUGCGCUUCUCCUGGAAGCCAGAAAGGAAAGCAAAUAAGAGACAGCACUGCUUUCAGUCGCUGCAAGGCAAAGUCGAAGAGGGCCAGGAAGGGAGCACGGCUUUGAGAUGGAGGACAAGGAGAAGAGGCCUGUCCAGGUGUCGGGAUUUCAAUGUGCAGAAAAGAAAAGCGAUGCAGACUGCUACAUUGGGACUGUCCAUUUCCUCUUUCACUCAUUUUUUUUGUGUGACAUAUAGAUGCGCGGACUUGAUUUAUUCUAAAUAACAUGAAUAGCAUAAAUAUGUGUUCACAGACAUCUUGAAGGAGCCUUGAUGGAGCAACUGUGUGAGUUUGCAAAGAGAGGUUUCACAAACAUGUACACAGCAAAGGAAGUACAUCUCAAACUCUUAUGGUAUUUUAUAUGAUAACUCAAACAACCUGGUGAUAAAUCCAGAACUAUCACAGAACUAGUUUCUACACCACAGUACAAAUCAGGAAUACUAACAUGAGUACUCUUCUCCAUUACAUGAGAAUUGGUAGAAUAGAUUUGCAUUGAUUAGCAUUUACGACUCAGCAGUGCCCUACUGAAGUAUAAAUGAGCACAGGUAAUUUUUUUUAACCCUUUUUGAGUAAAUCAAACCAAAUGGCCACUGUAGAAUGAAUCUUGUCUAUUCUUCUGAUUCUAAUGUUAUGGUCUUCCACGACAUACUCCCAUUAUGAGGGUUAGAAGCACUUAAA